CACCAAGUGUUCAACAAAACAUGGAUACUACUUCAACACAGACGGAUACUAGAUUGAGCGAUAUGAGCUAACUACUAGUUAUGUGAUGUCUGGAUACUAGUUCUCAUGUAUACAUGAAUGUUAUUUCAUCAUAGCGUGGUUACUAGUUCAUGUAUAUUAACCGAUAUCAAAAUACUACCAAGUGUACUAAUCGAUAUGAGUUAGCAAACCUUGAACACUAGUUGGUUUGAAUGUGGAUAUUAGUUCGUAAUUGAUUGGGUGGAUAUUAAUUAUAUGAUGCAUGAAUACUCUAUUGUGUUGUUUGAAUAUUAGUUAUUGAAUUUGGAACAAUAGUUGAUUUCAUGGUGGAUAUAAGUUAGCAAACCUUGAAUACUAGUUGGUUUAAUUGUGGAUAUUAGUUGGUAAUUGAUUGGUUGAAUACUAAUUUUGUGAGUUGGAUAUUAGUUUUGUGAUGUUUGGGUACUAGUAUGUGCUCUCAUGUAUACUUUAGUACUACUUCAUACAAGCAACAGGAUUGGAUACUAGUUUGUGCAUUUUUUAUAUCAAUUUUUUCGACUGGAUACGAAUUCUCUCGGUUGGCUUGGCUCGCAACCGAAAAGCCACCAAAAUCCACUUAAAUGAACCCUUUCUUGAGCCACUCAGCCUCAACCUUUGGAUCUUGACUUUGCUCAUGUGGCCUCCCAUCUUAUCCUAUGAGUAUAUACUCACUAAAAGGCUUGUGAAGUUGUGAGCAUCAUAGCUAUGUUAGCUUUAGGCUAGGUUUUAAUUUUUAAUUGGAUUGUGAUUUGUGAUAAAACAACAAUAAAAAUUAAAUUAAAUGAGGCCACUCAAGUAAUUUUUCAGUUCAUUUAACGACUUAUUUACAGAUAAUUAGAUCGAGGGGGUAUACAUGUGACAUUUUAAUAUUUGAAGGACAUGUUUGUACAAAAAUUUAGUAGAGAGGUACGUUUGUUAAUUUGUAAUAGUAGAGGGGUACAAAAUGUUAUUACUUUUUAAAAUAUAUUAUCUCCAAAUUUGAUAAUAUGGCAAUAAAGGUGAGUUUAGUAGUAUAGGGUUUUAUGUUCUCUCGAAUCGUGAUCUAGGGCUCGAUUUUUGGAUCUUGUAUGAUAUCAAGGGCAUUGCCCAAUAAAAGUGGAUUGUGCGGUUCACUCACGUCUCUAUAGAGGCAAACUUUCUGGCUGAGUGUUUAUCUCACAAUGGGCACUUUUUGACGGCUCAAGAUAGGGUACAUAAUCAUGGGUUAUGCAGCCAUCAAUAACUAAAUCUUGACCCUUCAUUUAAAAAAUCCAGAUCUAAGGAUGGAGAAUUAAAGGUCAUUUUUAUUUUCCCUAGCUUUCUUAAUCAGCUCAUAUUUUCUUCGUUUUAACUCGGAUUUUAAUUAUUAUUUUUUUGCACAGAUGGAACGAGUUCGUUGUGCUCUACAAAAUGAUAUUUAUUUUCAAUAUUUUUUGAGAAAAAAAAUUAUUGCCUCUCGGUACCAACUGCAUACCAUAUAGUAUCUUCUUCGUUUUUAAUUCGUUUUUGAAAACGCUUGCACAGAAGGAACGAGUUCAUCAUGAUCUAUUGGAUCUACAAAUUUCUGGGUGAACAAAUUAUAGCACCAAAAAAUACCACACAAUACCACCCUGGUACGGGGUGGUAUCUUGUGGUAAACAAUGUUAAAAGUCGUAAAUGACAGUUAAUAUACUUCUACUAUCAUGUAUUCAACCAUCCUGUAGUCUUGAUUUGUUCAUACCACCAUGGUACGUUUUUCAAACCAUAGGUAUGCUCUUAUUUCAAUACCAGUCUAUACCAUAUGGUAUAGACUGGUAAAAAAUGGCUCAAUUUUUUGGUUCAAAAAAUAUAUCAAAGUUGAUAUCAUUUUGAAGAGCACAAUUAAUCUGUUCUAACUGUGCAGAAAAAAUUAAAUUUCGACUUAAACCGACUGAGAAAUCGUCCGUCAAAGAUUAAAGAGGGGGAAAUUAAAGGGAUUUUUCCAAUAAUAGCACCAUUUAAAAAAAAUUACAAAAAUAGCACCCAGUCGAAAAAAUUUACACUAAUAGCACCCUUUUUUAUGGACUGCACCUUAGAGGUGCGUUUUAUAUAUAUAAUGCAUCCUCAGGGAGCGAUUUAUACAUAAACCGCACCUCUAAGGUGCGUUUUGCGCCAGGAACCGCACCUCCAUGGAGCGGUCUGCAUUGGGUGGGCAGCGGCCUUGCAAACCGCAGGAUUGGGUGGCGAUCCAGCGGGCAGGAGCAAUGCCACGUCAGCGAUCCGCACCGUGGAUCGCAAAACGCAGCGAGGAGGAGCGGUUUUGGAGCGUGGAUCGUGGAGCGCAUUGGGAGGGAGCGGCCAGCGCCUCGGGACGCAGAGACCGCAUCGGGUGGGAGUGGUUUCUGCUCUGGCAAAAUUACCAGACCGCCCCUGAAGGGUGCGGUCUAAAAUAGUAUAAAUACCCCCCCCCCUCUCAUUUUUUCACACCACAACCAUUCUCCACUCUCUCUCUCUAGAAUUAUCUCUCUAAACCCUCCCCUCCCAAAAUCCUAGGAAAUAGUGGUCUGUUGGUUGCGGCUAAGUCCGAUCUGCCAACAGAAAACAUUUCUUAGGUUUUUUUCUCAAAACCCGCCGAGCCGAAUCUCUGUCCGAAUUUCCCGAAAAAAUGGCCGAUUGAUGGCAAGGAGAGGGAGUUUAUGUUGAUGAAUUUCAAGCGGUACGUACUCAUUAUUCUGGUUUAAUUUUAGUUGUUAUUAUAAGCUUUUUAAUUAAUCUAUGUACUAACCUCGUUGUUAUUUUAUCGUAGGUUGGGGAGAACGUGGAUAUAUACAACCAACGGUAUUAUCUCGAGCAAGGACCGUUGGAUCCAAACAUCCCUUGGCCGAUGGUUGGGUUGGUCGUACAAGUCGGUUGGAUCCAACGGUCCUUGCUCGAGAUAAUACCGUUGGUUGUAUAUAUCAAUGUCGUCCCCAACCUACGAGAAAAUAACGAGGUUAGUACAUAGAUUAAUUACAAUGCUUAUAAGAACAACAAAAAUUAAACCAGAAUAAUGAGUACGUACCGCUAGAAAUUCAUCAACAUAAACUCCCUCUCCUUGCCACCAAUCGCUCAUUUUUUCGGGAAAUUCGGACAGAGUUCGGCUAGGCUCGGCGGGUUUUGAGGAAAAAACCAAAGAAAUGUUUUCUAAUGGCAGAUCGGACUUAGCCGCAACCAACAGACCACUAUUUCCUAGGCUUUUGGGAGGGGAGGGGAGGGGUUAGAGAGCUAAUUCUAGAGAGAGAGAGAGUGGAGAAUGGUUGUUGUGUGAAAAAUGAGAGGGGGGAGGGGGUAUUUAUACCCAUCAGACCGCACCCUCCAGGGGCGGUCUGGUAAUUUUGGCCCAAUCAAAACCGCACCUUCCCGACGUGGUUUACGCUCCCCGAUGCUUGACCGCACCUCUAUGCAGCGGUCUUCGAUCCGUGGCAAGGAUCGCUGACCUGGCAAGCGGUCCGCCACUGGAUCGCUUCUUCAUCCUGCGGUCCGCAAGGCCGCUGCCCACCAAACACUGACCGCACCUCCAAGGUGCGGUUUUCAGUCUGAGGUGGACUAAAAUGCACCUCCAAGG